AUGUCUAAGUGGGCUAUUGAUGCCACUAAUCGAAUCAAGAGUGAGAUCGUUCCAGGAUCUUCGAAGUAUAUUCUACGUGAGAUCAGUGAACAAUUUGUGAUAGCGUCAACGAGUAUUGAAAGCCGCUACUUACAUGUGAGGGACGAUGCAAACAAACUAGAAUCAUGGAUGAAGAGGGUGCUAGAAGGGGAAGAGGAUAUUAAUGACUUGCUUGUGGAAAACGGCCUUUCUGAUAAGGCUCCACCUCAACUGGCUUUGAGUUUGAAAACAAAUGUUCCAAAUUUUCUACCGUCCCCGAAAUCGAGGGAGGUCACCAUAAAAACACCAUUGGAGUUACUGGAUGAGGUAGAGAUUGAGAAAAUGGGGAGUGGAACUAAUAGGGGGCAAGUGUCUGGUGAAGUUAGAGAGGGUCCUAAAGAAUUUACUAUAAUCAAAUCAUUCAGAUCAAGCGAAUCAGCCCGACUAGGACAACUGGCAGAGGAGACGGAGCCCCGUACAACAACAAUUUCGUCCAAAAAAAUCCAUAAAAUACAUCCUCCUCCCACAUAUAAGCAUGAUUCAGCUAGCGAUCAAGGUAGGAUUGAUUCCACGAAUUCUCCGUUAAACCCUAUACCACCAGUAACACCAAAGCGAUCUUUGUAUACUGCUUCUUCGGACAGUGAAGACUCAUUUGAAGCAAUCAGUGCGGCCAUAAAACGAAGCGUCUUGGUAAAGGAAUUGGACUUGGGUGAUAAAAAGGGAUCUAAAGUUUUACAUGGUACCCCUAGAAGAUCGAGCUCAAAGUUUGUGUCGUUACCUGCUAGAACACCAAUAUUGUUGAAUAGGUCCACUCGUAAUGGAGACAUCAAGAAUCACUCCACAAAAACUCCUCCUACCAUUUCCAUCAAGAAUAAAUUUUCACCUCGAAAACUGCCAGUCAAAAGGAACUCCCCUAUACCAAAGCUUGUUAAGGUCCCAUUGAGACUGGAAGCUAUCGUUAUUCCGCCGACAAACUCUGAUUCUUUUGUAUCAAGUCCCACACAGACCUCAAAUUUUGAAGUAGAAAAAGAUGAGCAUCAACGAUCAAGUGCGAGUUUAUGGAGCAAAAUCGGCGAGUACAGGCAAUUGUCGCCGAAAAAGCCGCCACAAACUACUCCAAAACGUUCACCAUUAUCAAUUGUCAAAGCUUUCAAAAGUCGAUCACCGGUUCGCAAUUCGAGUCCGCUACGGAAAGUUCAGCAUACCUCACCAGCAAAAGUUGACAUUCCACAGCUCAAAAGCCCCAACUUGGAUCGUCUUGCAGCUCCUACAAUUGCUAGUGCCGCAAAGAAAAAGAAGCCAGAUAGUAGGAAAUUUGAAAAUAGAUUUCUCACUACCACCUUACAACGGACGCCAAGGACAUUUGAUAGAGCAAAAAGUACAAAAGUAACAGAGAAAGCACCAAAGGCACAACCCAAGGUUGAUAUUCAACGAUCAACAAAAAAAUCGAUGAUGGAGCAACGUAGUGAGGCGGCUGCAUUGAAAUCGAGACAAAAGAUUAUUCUCAACCUUAGGAAAUCAGAAUCAAAGAUUAUACGUGACAUUGUUCAAGAUGAAGCAGAGCAGGCACCUACUCAUAGCCCACCCAAAACUCCAGUUAAGUUCACACCGGACAAUUUACCUGAUGUGUUAUCUGAUGAUAACCUUUCACCCAGUUCCAAAGUGCUUCAACCCUGGGGCCGCACUCCUGAAUUAUACAAAAUUGCUAAAAGCAAGAAAAAGGUUGACCCCUUUAAGAUAUUCCACAAGAGUAUCAGAGUUAAUCUACUGGAGGUGUUCAACAAGCAAGUUACUGCGCAGUCGCCUGCUCCUACACCAGAUGAAAGCCAAGUAUCCAAAUAUUCUAAAUCUAUGGGCUUUAAGUAA